GGGAGGGGCGGGACCGCGGGGUGGCGCGGAGGGCCAAUGGGGAGGCGGGGCGGCAGGUAUGAGAUGGCGGCGGGAGCGCCGGCGGUCGGUGCGCGGCGGGGCGGCAGUGACGCCAUCUGCAAUCUUGUCAUCUGCAAUGACUCCUCCCUUCGCAGUCAGCCCAUUAUCUUCAAUCCCGACUUCUUUGUGGAAAAGCUGCGCCAUGAAAAACCGGAGGUGUUCACGGAGCUGGUUGUCAGCAACAUCACCAGGCUCAUCGACCUGCCUGGGGCUGAGCUGGCCCAGCUCAUGGGAGAGGAGGACCCAAAGCUGCCUGGAGCAAACAGCACAGCCUCUGGGUUUUUUCGUUCCCUGAUGUCUUUGAAACGCAAGGAGAAAGGAGUGGUGUUUGGCUCCCCACUGACAGAAGAAGGCAUCGCACAGGUCUCCCAGUUAAUUGAGUAUCUGCACAAAAAUCUACGAGCAGAAGGUUUGUUUCGGGUGCCGGGCAACAGCAUCAGGCAACAGAUCCUAAAGGAUGCUCUGAACAGUGGUACAGAUAUUGACCUGGACUCUGGGGAGUUUCAUUCCAAUGAUGUGGCUACCUUGCUUAAGAUGUUCCUGGGUGAAUUACCAGAGCCCCUGCUGACACACAAGCACUUCCACGCCCACCUCAAAAUUGCAGACUUGAUGCUGUUUGAUGAGAAGGGGAAUAAGACCAGCACUCCAGACAAAGAGCGCCAAAUUGAAGCCCUCCAGCUGCUCUUCCUGAUCCUCCCUGCGCCCAACCGCAGCCUGCUCAAACUGCUGCUGGAUUUGCUCUACCAGACCGCCAAGAAGCAGGAUAAGAACAAGAUGUCUGCCCACAAUCUCGCCCUCAUGUUUGCACCCCACAUCCUAUGGCCCAGAAACGUGACAGCAAAUGACCUGCAAGAGAAUAUCACAAAGCUAAACAACGGAGUGACCUUCAUGAUCAAACACUCGCAGAAACUCUUCAAGGCCCCACCUUAUAUCAGGGAGUGUGCCAGGCUGCAUUACCUGGGAUCCAGAGCCCACACAUCCAAGGAUGACCUGGAUUUGCUAACAUCUCCUGGUUCCAAGGAACUGCAACCCCUCAAGUCUCAGAAGCGAAGCCGUCUGGACUCCUGCCAUCAGGAGGAGACCCAGCAGCGCACAGAGGAGGCACUGAGGGAGCUCUUUCGCCAUGUACACAAUAUGCCUGACUCUGCAAAGAAGAAGAAGCUCAUCCGGCAGUUCAAUAAGCAUCCUUCAGCUCUCACUCCCAGCUCUGAUGUGGCCACACCCCCAGCACCACGACGCACUCGCUCGCGCUCCUUCAGCGGCCUCAUUAAGAGGAAGGUUUUGGGAACCCCGAUUAUACAGGAGAGGAAGAGCAGAGAUACCACACCGGAGCCCAAACGAGUCAGCAAAGAGAAUGUCCAUCUGUUACAGAAAUGUGGAUCUCCAGCUCACGUGUCCCAAGGGAAACUGAAAUCAUUGGAGGGCCAAAAAGAGGAGUCCUGUAGACGCGUGCGAGCCCACCUGCUUUCCAAGGAUUCAUCAUCCCUCUGAAUCGCUUUGCACCAGUGUUGGGUGGGGAAUGCCCAGCCUCACAAGCUGUGAAUAAUGUGCUGCACUGAGCAGGCUGUGCUGCAGGCUCACGGUAGCCCUUACCAACGUGCCAGCACUCUUGAAACUGGACCUCUGCAAAGUCUGCAGGGACUUGUUUCUUUCUGUAUAUAAAUAAUAUUAUUUCAUUCAUUAUGGGGCAAACCACUAUCUAACCAAAAGCUGUUGUGCAGCAUGUCUGACCUGCUGGCUCUGGGAAGAGCUGGAGAGCUUGCUUACACAGAGACCCCUCUGUAUUGCAGGGACAUGUUUGCACUCCCAGCAUUCUGUGAUGUUGUUAGACUGUGUGUUGUUGGUUUUUUUUUUUUUUAACUCUUUCUGCUCUGAGUUUUUAA